GAAGCAGUCGGCACGUGUGUGACUUUCAGCUGCGGCCGCUCAGUCAGUGGAGACAUGGAAGGGUUCAGCUCGGACUUCUCCCCGUCGGCUUCUGCCGCGGGCUCCGGCAAGAUAGACACCGGCGCCAUCAUGGAACAAGUGAAGGUGCAGAUCGCAGUGGCCAAUGCGCAGGAGCUGCUGCAGCGGAUGACUGAUAAAUGUUUUCGGAAAUGUAUUGGGAAACCAGGAGGAUCACUGGACAAUUCAGAGCAGAAAUGCAUUGCAAUGUGUAUGGACAGAUACAUGGACGCCUGGAAUACAGUAUCCCGAGCCUACAACACCAGACUACAGAGAGAGCGUGCUAAGAUGUGACAAGAGCCAGAGCCACCUAACAUCCAACAGAAAUCCUGCACCCACUACGACUGGGAGUUCACCUCUCCGCUGCUAGGAAGCUGAUCAUAACCAGGAUGGUCAACCUACAUUGUAUAGCUACUGGCAGUGAAUGAGUUAAACGGACCCCCCCCCCCCCCCUCCUAAUGGCUAUGCCAUUGAUAAACCAUAUGGUUCAUUAAUCUGAAGAACAUUUUUCCUUUACCUUAAUAAAGAUUUAAGGUUGUCUUCCCCUUCUAGAGCAGGAGUAGAACGUGGUUGACUUUGUGUUAUGUCUCCCUAUAUCUAUACCAGGCAUCCUCAAGCUGCGGCCAUCCAGCUGUUGCAAAACUACAACUCCCAGCGUGCCCAAACAGCCUACAAGUAUCAGCCUACAGCAGGGCAUUGUGGGAGUUGUAGUUUUACAACAGCUGGAGGGCCGCAGUUUGAGGAUGCCUGCUCUAUACCAAUCUUUUAGUCUUUAAUACAAAUGUGCGGUGUGCUGCUUGUUGUUUAUGCUAUGACAUAGGCCUCUUGCACGAACACCAACCGUGGGGCAGCGGAUCGCGUACCCAUUCACUUUAAUGGGUCCGCAAUCCACCUGUUCCUCAAAAAGAUAGGACAUGUUCUAGCUUUUUGCGGAACGGAAGUAUGGGACGAAACCCCACGGAAGCACUCUGUAGUGGUUCCGUGCUUCCGGUCUUCACCAUUCCGCAUAUCCGGAUUUGCGGAUCCAUUCAAGUGAUUGGGUCCGUGUCUGUGAUGCGUAAUGCCCACGGAAAUGCGCCUGUGUAUUGUGCGUCCGCAACACGGCCAUAGAGGGCACACGUUCGUGUGAAAGAGGCCAUAUGCUGUUGAAACGGCUAUUACUCAGGAUUCCACUAGGCCAAGUUCUACGGUCAUGUUGUUUUUGUAAUAUACAUGCAGCAAGGGGACUCUACAUGUCUUCUGAAUACAUAACUUACAGCUGCUGCUUUCACCCAUCGUUCCUACGUUUGAGAACGAGAAGCCUUUCGUAGAUGAAUUAGUAGGCUGUUAAACAUAAGACAACACGCACUGGAGACACUUGCUGUUUAAUAGUAUAUUUUACUGGUUACACACUUGAUCAUAGACAUCAUAUUCCUCACUGCAACACUGUUUUACAGAUUUCCAAAUGCCACAUCUGUUCCGUCUGUAUUGACAAGAAUUCCUCAUGUUUUAUAGUCUUGGGAUCAUGAUGGAAGCAGACAUGGAUGAAUAAACUGAUUUUGAUUGA